AUGAGCAAUAUCAUCGAAGCUAUAAGCAUACCAAAUAAAUUUUUCACUCUAUCUGGACACUGGCCAGGGGCCAAAACAACGAUUUUUCAGAGGAUGUUAUUCUGUCUGGAUAUAUUAUUCAAUUUCAGCUUGCUAGCGGAAUUUACUAAUCACUUCGAUGACUAUGAAAUUCUAUCUGAACACCUGUCUAUAACAAUAUCACCAGUAUCCUACUUGAUAAAGAUGAUCAUUUUCAAAAUCAAGUCAGAUGCUGUACAAAAUUUGAUUUGUUCAAUCAAACUGAAGGAAUUUAACGAUUGUCCGAAUCAUUUGAGGAACAUUAUUGAACAAACGGUUAAGUAUUCAAAAUUCCUUGGUUACGUAUAUCAGUCGCUCUGCCUCGUAACCAUUUUGCUUUACAGUUUGGUGCCAGUAUUUACAGAGGCGGAUUUACCAUUAAGGUUUUCUUAUAACAUAGGAAACUUCAAACCAGUAAUGUAUGCCUUUCAAGUAAUGGGUUUGAUCAGCGCAGCAUCAAAUAAUUCUUCUAUGGAUAUAUUAGCUAUGAGUUUGAUGAGAAUAUGUGCUGCUCAGAUAGAAAUACUCAACAGAAAGAUCAUUGGUUUGAGUGAUGAAUAUGAAAAAUAUAGGCCAGACUAUAUCAAAACAGAACUCAAACACUGUGUAAAACAUCACGUGAAAAUAAUAAGGUACCAUGAAAUUUUGAACAAAGUAUUUUCUAUGAUAAUAUUAACGCAGUAUGCUACAAGUGCAGUUGUCAUUUGCAACCUUGGAUUUCAGUUAGUACACGUUGAUCCUAUGACUUUGCAGUUCGUAUGUAUGACAGUAUAUUUCAGUGCCAUGAUGAUUCAACUAGCUAUGUAUUGUUGGUUCGGAAAUGAAAUCAUAGUAAAGAGUUCAGCAAUAAGAGAUGCUUGCUAUGAAUUCAAAUGGUUUGAAUCAGAUUUGGAGACAAGAAAGACAAUAAUUACCAUAAUGGAACGCAGUAAACAACCUUUAGUCCUCAAGGUCGGGAAAUUUUCAAUGUUGUCUUUACAAUCUUUUACAUCGGUAAUUAGAACAUCCUAUUCGUAUUUUACACUGAUGCAGACAUUGUAUCGAAAAAAUCUAAAUUAACAUCAAGAGUUCUGAAGCACAACGUACAAGAGAGGAAAUAUGAAAAUUUUGAUAGUUUAAUGAUAAGUAUAACACAUUAUGUUCGAUGUUCAAUAAAUCACAUACAUAUAA